AUGGAACAAUCAAAACUGCCCACUUUUCUAUUACCUGGCUAUGAUUUGAACGAUUGCAAAUCCCCGGAUCGCUGGAGUCUUGACAGUGGCUUUACCGCCUCAUCCUCAACCCUUGCCUCACUUCCAAAAUGUCGGACAACAGCCGCGAGAUUGGUGGGAAAAGAUGGCCAAGUGAUGCCCAGUCCGCAACAAUUGCCACAGAAAUUGCAAAUUUGCUUUAGAAAUUGGUUCCUCUUGGCAAUUGAGCGAAAAUGGAAAACGAUUUUGCUCAUUUUCUUUACGGCUUUCUUCGUCUCUUGGUCGAUUUUUGCUUUUCUUUAUUUUUUGAUCUCCGAAUGGGGUAGACCAAAACAGUGCAUCUCAAAUGUAAAUUCAUUCAUCGAGGCUUUUCUGUUCAGUGUGGAAAGUCAGCACACGAUUGGUUACGGUUACAGAUACAUCACAAAUGAAUGCCCCUCAGCUUACUUUUUGAUUAACAAACAUGGACACCGUGAAUUGAUCGGCAUCAAGGAUAUGAAUGUCGGCUACGAUCAUGGAUGGGAUCGAGUGUUGCUCUUGUGGCCAGUGAUCAUUCGACAUAUCAUCGAUGAACAAAGCCCACUUUUUGGAGUCACCAAAGAAACUUUAGGGAGUUUGGAGUUCGAAAUCAUUGUGACAGUUGAGGGAAAUGUGGAGUCAACAGGCAUGACUUUUCAGCGAAGAACCUCAUUUCGACCGGAUGAGAUCAAAUGGGGAUACAGAUUUUCUCCAAUGAUCACCAUGAAUGAAACAAAGCAAAAAUGGGAAAUGCACUAUGAGCUUUUUGAUAUGGCAAAUCAUAUUCUUGUGGCCAAAUUCUUGCCAAAGAGGACGAUCAACAAU